AUGGAAUCUGAGGGGCAAGAGAGGAACUUCAGGCUAGUUUGUUGUGUGGCAGUAAACCCUGAUACAGUGUCUGCAGAAAACAAUGACUCCUAUAAGGUUCUUACAGUGGAAAAAGGAGAUUUUCGGCCAGAACAUGUGACUCGAAGUAGUCCAAAUUCAAGAAAUAAUGUGGGUACUGCUGAAGAUGAUAAACAUCAAGGGCUAGAUGUCGCUAAUGAAAGUAAAGGAUCCCCUCUACAAUGUAAAACCUUUGAAGCCUACAACAAACCAAGUUGUGAUAGCAAAGCUUACUUAUGUGGUCUUAAAGAGUCUGGGACAGCCAAGUCAUCCAAUGAUGCUGGAAAAGAUAUGGCUAAAAAAGAUGUGGCUAUUGACUUCCAGCAGAAAAGCUGCUGUGUUGAGGAUGCUUACGUUGUCACUCAGAAUUCUAUAAACAAAAUAAAGCAAUCAGACGUGCAUUCAGGGGAUGAAACAAAGCAAAUGACCUCAAGGUCUGGUCAUUAUGGUUCUCUACGCUCUUUUGCAUUUGCUUAUCAUAUUACCAGAGUAUUUACUUCCCCUGAUAUGAGGACGCAGAGUCUUUCUCCCUGUGCUGAGAUGAAAGAUGUAAACAAACGGCCAGCAAUUAUAUGCAGCUUUUUUGCUAAAGGAUGGUGUAUCAGAGGUAGUUCAUGUAGGUUUCUUCAUAUAAAAGAUCAUGUAAAUAAUACUGGCCAGCAGGCUGCAGGAGACUUGGUUUCUACAAAUUGCAAGAGAGAAGGGCAACCGGAGGAAGGUCUGACCGGCAAUGCUGAGACAUCAGGAAUGUCUGACGCUCCAGUUCCAUUGGCUGCUUCAUUGGCGAGCUCUUCUUUGCAUUCUUCUGAAUUUUCUCUAAAAGAGACCAUCCGUAAUGAGCAAGAAGCAAGCCCAAGUCAGCAUCCAUCUCAAGAUAAACAUAAGUUUCCAUUACUUUUGCAAGAGGACUUGUCUUCUAAGAACCAUGUCUUGCCAAUUGGUAGAGACAGUUCUAUAUCCAGGGAUCGAUUGAUCCUUGAAAACAGAUCUAAUUUUAACGCAUCAAACAACUAUUUCAGCAGGAAUCGCUCUUAUCCAUCCUGCGUGGAGGGAUUGGCUCCCAUUGAAAACCAGCACGUGUACAACAAAUAUGUUUCCCAAGUUUCAGCUCCAUCAAGUUAUUCAAUGUCUUCGAAUUUAUCUAAUGGGGCAAAUUCUUUGGAUGCUCAAAAGCUGUUGAAAAGUGGCAAAGAAUAUCAUGCUCCUACAUCCACUUUCUUAGGUUCAGAAUGGGAGGAGAUGCCUCUAACUAGUUCAUCCGGAGUUCAGCCACAU